CAUAAAGGGGAUAGAGAGAAAUAUUGUAAAAGAAGAAAAUGGAGGGACCAAGGGUUAGGGUUGCUCUCAUUGUUUGUUUGAUGUUGGGGAUGCUUGUGACUGAGUCCGCAGCAGCAUUUUCCCCUCUUUGCUAUGCCAAAUGCUUCUUUAUGUGUCUUAUAAGAAGAAGGAAUCCUAUCUUAUGCGGUACACUAUGUGUAGUCAAGUGUCUUGUAUCUGGUGGUGAUAAGGACAAAGAGUGCUAUGAACGAGUCGUUGACAAAUGCCUCUCAGAGGGAAGAAGUAAAGAGGAUUGUGCUAAUGAGGCUGAGCAGCAAUGCAAACGCGCAAAUAUGCUGGCUGAAUCGGAUCCUAGUUACCUCUGCCAGUAUGGUUGCGCUACGAAUAUCUGCGCUAAAAUAAGCACUGCAUAUAACCCUGCUGCGCUCAAAGUAUCUAAAUGCGUGGACAAUUGCGGGACGAUGUGCGCCAAGAUCUGAAUGUGUGGAAAAUUGCUCGACGAUGUGCGACAAGAAUAAUUGGUCUCCUUAGCCACUUAGGCAGCCCAUCUUUUUGUUUGUUUAUAUCUUAAAAUAAUAAUAAAUGGGUCUUUGAUUGGCAGCAAACA